AAAGCAUUAAAUAUUACUGAAAGAAACGUUUAAAUGUAAAAAAACAAAAAAUUUCUCCACCUAAUUGUUAGUAAUAUCAACAAUGAUAAAAAUAAGUUUUAUAUUUUUUGCAUACAUUUCUAUUACUAAUGCAAUACUCGUCAAUAGAACGAAUUAUAUUAACUGGGUGCAAAUCAGGAGAGGUGAAGAGUUUCAAGGAGUUAGAGUAAGACAAAUAAAUGGUGGCUACAUAAUUAAUUGGUUGGAGGACUAUGAUGACAGUGCGAAUUCCUUAAAAGUGUACUUUAACUAUAUUUUCGAAAAGUCGGGAAGUCGGGAAAUUAUAAACGUCAAAAAUUUGUGCGGUACUGAGAUGCCCGGAACUUUAGAGUUUGCUGUUCAACAACAUAUGCUGACAAAAUUUGCAACUACAAAACAAUGUCCAAUUAAAAAGGGUACACAAGUUAUUUUCAGACUACCCGAUACUUACACAUGGGAAACGAAAAAUCAUGAAUGUGGAUGGGUUGACGGAUCAUCGUAUAUAAGCAAAACACAUUCGCGAAGAAAUGACCAUACACCACUUUUGUUACGAAUUCAUUUUACAGGAUAUGUCACUGGACCUAAUUGUUUGAAUUAAAAAUAAGAACGAAAAUUUCAAUGAAAUACAACACCGUCCGAUACGAUUUUUUAACCACAAAAAAAUCCAACAUUUUCGGAAACUAGGACCAAAAAAAAAAAAAAAAAAAAUACCCGUGUCUGGCCGUUUUGCUAGAUCAAGUCGUUUUUGGUUUUUAGGGGUGAGAACAACCCCUAAAUGAAAAGUGACAAAAUAUCUUUUAAAAAUUAUUAAUAUUUUAUAAAACUUGUUAUCUGGGUCGCUGAUUAUUAAUCUAAUGUCAGAUUUUCAAAAUUCAAAAUGGCGAAUCCAAUAUGUCGAUAAAAUUUUUAAAAAUUUGUUAAUUUUUUUUAUAAAACUUGCACGUAGAGAAAUUUCUAGGAACGAAUAUUUACCGUGCUGCAACCUGAAAGUGAGUGCAAGGUACAUUCUGGCUGUUUUUACUGUGCCGCCUCUACAAUCUGUAUUGCAAAUUUGUAGGGGCAGCACAGUAAAAACUGCCAGAAUGUACUUUGCACUCACUUUCAGAUGGCAGCACAGUAAAUAUUCCUAGAAAUUUCUCUCCGUGUGGUAUCUCUACGAGUUUUUGGAGUCGCUGAUGACGAAUUUGAUGUCAAAUUUUCAAAAUUCAAAAUGGCGGAUAUAAAAUAAAAACUUAAUAACUUUAAAAAUUUUUUUUUGACCGCCAUAUUGGAUCCGCCAUUUUGAGUUUUGAAAAUCUGACAUUAGAUUAAUAAUCAGCGACCCAGAUAACAAGUUUUAUAAAAUAUUAAUAAUUUUUAAAAGAUAUUUUGUCACUUUUCAUUUAGGGGUUGUUUUCACCCCUAAAAACCACAAACGACUUGAUCUAGCAAAACGGCCAGACACGGGUAUUUUUUUUUUUUUUUUUUGGUCCUAGUUUCCGAAAAUGUUGGAUUUUUUUGUGGGUAAAAAAAAAGUUGAAUUUUGUCGGACAAGUGCAAUAUAUAACAAAUACAAAACAUCAACAAUAUGUCAUUGGAUAAAAAAAAUUAAUUUUAAUUAAUUAACUUAAUUAACGAAAUUAAUUUCGCUAUUAAAUUAAUUUAGCAAUA